GAAAGACCACAAGAGCUGCUGAACGUUUCAGUCGGUGCUUUGCAUUCGGGAGUGUGGGGUCAGUUUGUGUACUCACAAAAAUUUUAUCGGUGAAAGAGCGUACAGGCAGGUUUAUUGUUGCACCCAAAAUUCAGCUAAUAAUAAAGCAGCAACAGCAGCAGCAGCAGCAGUUGAGGCACCCCAGAGCCAUACCGUGUCGAACCAUAUUUGCUCGUGCUUGGAUUGUAUUUGCAACGAGGGUGUGGGUGGUUGAACUAUAUAUAGAGCGGACCCCGCACCAGAGGACCAAAAGGGAUAUUCGGCGCGGCUAUUUGUGCGGAAAUUGUGAUUUGGGGGGUGGCUCAAUUAGCAUGUUUUUCCUAAUAUACCUCGUGGCAAUUGUUGCUCUCACCACUGUUUACUUUCGCAUAAAAUACUGGCGGAGGUAUGAGUUGAUAAAAAAAUUCCCCGGACCCCCGACCCUCCCACUCAUUGGCAAUGCGCAUAUGUACAUGAAUAAGAAGCCCGAGGAUGUUUUGGAUUUUGUCCAGGGCAUGAUCUGGAAGUAUGGGAAUCUAUUUAGGGUAUGGAUUGGCCCGUACCAAGUGGCAUUCUUCUCAACGGAUCCCAAGGAUUUGGAAGUGGUGCUCAGUAGCACGAAGCACAUUACGAAGAAUAAUUUGUACAACUUCCUGAAACCCUGGCUGGGUACGGGGCUACUCAUAAGUACGGGACAAAAGUGGCAUACCCGGCGGAAGAUAAUAACACCAACGUUCCACUUCAAAAUUCUCGAGCAAUUCACAGAAGUGUUCAAUCGGCAGGGGAGUACCCUCGUGAGGCUUCUACGGGAGAAGCACACCAGUGGUGAGAGCUUCAAUAUUUAUCCAUUCAUUAAUCUCUAUGCACUCGACGUAAUCUCGGAGUCUGCGAUGGGUAUUGAGUUGAAUUCUCAGACGGAUUCGGGUUCGGAGUAUGUGAGGGCUGUGUCGGAGAUAUCACAAAUUAUGAGCACGAGAUUCAUUAAAGUGUGGCAGCGUAAUGAUUUCCUGUUCAAUAAUUUUGUAUCAGCCAAGAAGGAUCAUGAUCGAUGUAUACGGAUUAUGCACAAUUUCACGGAGAAAAUCAUUCAGCAGCGCCGAGAGAAGUUGAUUGAGUUGCUGAGGCAGGGGGAUGAGCAGGAAAAUGGAAGGGUGCCAAUUGUGGUGGAUAAAAAUAGCACUGGGGGUGAGGAUGAGGAGGGGUUCUAUCAGAAAAAGCGCAUGGCACUGCUGGAUGUACUCCUGCAGGCGACAGUUGAUGGGAAACCCCUUUCUAAUGAGGAUAUCCGGGAGGAAGUGGAUACUUUUAUGUUUGAGGGUCAUGACACCACAACAUCCGCAAUGACAUUCGCCCUGUAUGCCAUAUCACGGCAUCCGGAUGUGCAGAGGAGGCUGUAUGAGGAAAUUGUGGAGGUACUGUGCAAGGAUAGAAAUACACCCGUCACGUAUCGCCAUCUCCAGAACCUCAAGUACAUGGAUCUCGUGAUUAAGGAGACACUGAGACUCUAUCCACCUGUACCCAUCUACGGGCGUCGCAUUGAGGAGGACAUGGAAAUUAAUGGAAAAAUCAUUCCUGCCUAUUGCAAUUAUACAAUGGGAAUUUAUUUUAUGGGACGCGAUCCAAAUUUAUAUCCCGAACCGGAACUCUUUAAGCCCGAACGUUUCAGCAUGGAAAAUAGUACUGAGAUUACAAAUCCAUUUUCCUACGUACCAUUCUCUGCAGGACCGCGAAAUUGUAUUGGUCAGAAGUUCGCGAUGCUUGAGAUUAAGAGUAUGCUCUCAAAAGUGCUGAGUCACUUUGAAUUGCUACCCUGUGGACCGGAGCCACGAAUAAUUGCGGAAAUUGUGCUUCGGUCCCAGAAUGGUGUUCACCUGGGACUCAAAUGUAGGAAUUAAUUGCCACUUUUAUGUUCCACCAGAGUCUCGGUUGAUGGGGCGGGGGUGGGUGGGAAGGGGGAUUGGAUAUUUAAGUCUCUUUGUGCACUUGGUGCACAAUUUUCGUUAGGGCUUUCACACAGGGGUGGGAGGGGUGGAUGAGAUGGCUCCUAUAUAUAUUGAAGUGUCUCUACACAUUUCUGCUUUUAAUGUGGGUGGGUAUAUAUGUAAGUGAGAUGGGUACCCAAAUGAAUGGGUUUUGGCAAGAGAGUGGCAAUUGUGGGGACCACACCACCCCGGUGUGAGCUGAUAUAAUCGAUUACCCCUAUAUUAUCUUCUCUGCACUUCAAAUAGUCCCAUAGAUUUUUUUUUAUUCACCCCCUUUACCACCCUCAAUGUACCAGAGAGAGGUGCUAUAUACAUACAAUGGAUGCUGCUGAUGCUGUAACAUGCAGUCCCCGAAAAAGGAUGACAACACGCGAUGAUUGGAACAAUGAGAUGAUGUGGAAAUGAGAUUGAAGAUUGUUCAAUGCAUAAAGGAAAAUAAAUUAAUUAUUUUAAGUGGCA